ACCCGACCCGCAGACAUGGUGGAAGUGGACCGCCCGGGGAAGCUCUUCAUUGGCGGGCUCAACCUCGAAACCGACGAGAAAAUCCUCGAGGCCACGUUUGGCAAGUAUGGCUGCCUCACCGAGGUGCUCCUGAUGAAAGAUCGAGAAACCAGCAAGUCCAGGGGCUUCGCGUUCGUCACCUUCGAAAGCCCGGCAGAUGCCAAGGCCGCCGCCAGAGAUAUGAACGGCAAGACCCUGGAUGGUAAGGCCAUAAAGGUGGCCCAGGCCACCAAGCCGGCGUUCGAGAGCAGCCGGCGGGGCCCGCCGCCGUCCCAUAGCCGCCCGAGGGGCCUGCUCGGGGACCGCGGCAGCGGCCCACGGCGCCCCCAGUCCCGGGGCGGGCCGGCGGACGACGGCGGCUACGCGGGCGACUUCUACCUGCGGUCCUCCCGGGCUCCGCUGCCUGUGAAGCGCGGGCCGCCGCCGCCGCGCAGGGCCGGCCCGCCCCCGAAGAGGGCCGCGCCGUCGGGCCCGGCCCGCAGCGGAAAUGGUGGAAUACACGGGCGGCCCCCGGCCACGCGGGGGCGAGACGGCUAUGCCGGCCCGCUGCGCCGGGAGCCGCCGCCCCCGCGCCGGGACCCCUACCUGGGCCCCCGGGAGGAGGGCUACUCGCCCCGUGACAGCUACUCGUCGAGCCGCGACUACUCGAGCGCCCGCGACCCCCGGGGUUUUGCUCCCUCGCCCAGAGAGUACACCUACCGCGACUACGGCCACUCCAGCGCCCGGGACGACUGUCCAUCGAGAGGCUACGGUGAGCGAGACGGCUACGGGGGGCGCGACCGCGACUACCUGUAUCACCCGAGCGGAGGCUCCUACCGAGACCCCUUCGAGAGCUACGGGGACCCGCGCAGCGCCGCCCCUUCACGGGGGCCCCCGCCAUCUUACGGCGGCGGCCGCUACGACGAGUACCGCGGCUGCCCGCCCGAUGCUUACGGUGGCGGCCGGAGCGAGCGCUAUUGGAGGGGCCGCGACCGGGCAGGCAGAGCUGAUCGCGGGAGGCUGCGGUCCAUGGAGAGGGGGUGCCCGCCCCCGCGCGAGUCCUACAGCGGGUCCGGCCGCAGGGCCCCACUAGGCGGAGGCCGCCUGGGAAGCUGUGCGGAGAGAGGGGGAGACCGGAGCAGAUACUAAGCACCAAGAGACUUGGGACCGAAAUCUGCAUUCAAAGAAGCUGCCGAAAAGUAGACUGUUCUAUGGUAACUACUUAAGGACUAGCGCAAAGAAGAGUUGUUUUUACAAAGAAGCUGCCGAAAAGUAGAGACUGUUCUAUGGUAACUACUUAAGGACUAGCGCAAAGAAGAGUUGUUUUUACGUUUGAAGAAU